AUGGAUGCACCAGAAGAUCGAGACGUCAAGCUACAGAAGGUCUCAGGUGACCUCCUCCUUCGGUUUAAGGAAUCCCUCCCCCGCCUUUUGCACGAAGAUGGCUCUACCGGGCCGCCCCGGUCAACAGUUGACUCCAAGGAACUUGACUCCAUGAGGAUUCUUAUAGAACCGUUCCAAGAGUCUCCCCAACUUCUCGACCCAUAUUUAAACUCGUUUCUCACGCCGCUUACAGGCGCUUUCCUAGCCCUCCUCGAUACCCCAAAUUCGAAGACUUCUCGACCGCCAUUGCCUAAAUCAACAGGUUUCGAUCGUACGGAAAUACCAUGUCAUGAAGCUAUUGCCAGAUUACUUUACACGUUGUGCAAGAUCCGGGGUCCCAAAAUUAUUACCCGAUUUCUACCUAACGAACCCCGCUGGCUAGAGCCACUAACAGAUCUACUUAUGCUUCGAAGCACAGGAUCCUCAAGCAGCUGGCAAUUUCGGUUUAUACUACUGCUAUGGUUAUCGCAUUUACUCCUUACCCCCUUCGAUCUGAGCACCAUCUCGACCCCGAGCACGGAGCCGAUACCGCUUCCAGAGCAUCUUGAUAUCAAAGAGCUGCCCGACCUCUCUCGGCGACUCCUUCAAUUGGCAAUUGCACAUCUUGCCUCACCGGGAAACCGCGAGAGCGAAACUGCAUCACUCUUGAUUGUUCGAUUGUGCAUCCGGAAGGAUAUGGGGUUGUUGGGGCUUCUCCCAGCUAUGAUUUCCUGGUGUAUGGACACUUUUUCAAUUAAGCAAGAGUCUACGGACUCAGCAUACACUAGCCUCUUCCGAAAGGCUAGCGUUCUAUCCGUUCUGGCUGGCUUGCUGGCUCAAGCCGAUCGCACUGCGAGCACCCCAUUUAUCAUUCCAAUAUAUAGACUCAUACAAAAAAUUGAGUUAGAAGAUGGGAAAGAAUGGGACUCCGCUAACAUGAGAAGACUCGGGACAAAAAUAUACCGAUGGGUGGCAAUACUAUCUUUGACUAGAGAAGGGGAGGAAAAGAACGAGAAUAAUGUUGUUGAAGACAUAAUCGAACGGCUAUUAAACUCUCUCGGUGAUAGAGAUACCGCCGUGCGUCUUGGUGCAUCGAAAUCCCUUGCAGUCAUUUCGAGAAAAUUACCGCCAGAUAUGGCUGGGGAGGUUCUAGAAGCUGUCAUGGGUAUCUACGAGGAGGACAUAUUCUAUUCUCCCCCUUACGGACCAAAUAGGAAGAAGAUGCUUACGGCAGUCAACGCCGAGAAAUGGCACGGAGCAACACUUACACUUGCCACAUUUCUUCGGGAGAGGGCUGUUCGUAGUACAGAUGUGCUAGAGCGUGUGGUUCACUGCAUAAUAGCUUCUUUGUCGUUUGAACAACGGAGAACUACAUUUGCUGCCGGCGGGAACGUGCGUGAUGCUGCUUGCUAUGCCGCCUGGAGCCUUUCCCGGUCGUAUACAACUGAUGAGUUAAAAGCCGUAGGCAAUUUUGAUCAGCGAGGGUUCGUUCAACAAGUCCUUGCUGUUGAGCUGAUUGUUGCCGGAGCAUUGGAUCCCUUAGGGAAUAUCCGGCGAGCUGCAUCUGCUGCUUUGCAAGAACUUGUAGGAAGACAUCCCGGAAUGGUUGAGGAGGGUAUAAAUGUUGUGCAGGUCGUAGAUUAUAACGCUGUUGCACUACGCCGGAGAAGCGUGGUUAAAGUUGCAGCGGAGGCAGCAGGGCUGGGUAGUGGGUACUGGCAUGGAAUUGUUAGUGGGAUGGUAGAAGGGUGGAGAGGCAUCGGUAGUGGUGACAUUAGCGGGAGGAAGUUGAGCGGGGAUGGCCUUGGAGAGUUGAUAUACAUUGCCCUGCCCGGUGACGAUGAAUACCCAGGCGACAAAAUGGCUGAGCGUGUGGUGGAGACUGUAUCAUCUCUUCUCCGCCGAAUCCAGACCGAUGGGAAAGGCGAUGUCGAGAUAUACCAUGGCGCAACUUGGGCUCUGGCCUCUGCGAUUCUUAAUAUUCCCCCUGAUGUGUUCACCCCGAUAAAAUCGUCCUUACUCUUUCCUCCGUUCGAAAAGCUCACGGGAAAUGAAUUUCUCAACACCCUUCUUCGCCCGGAAUUAACUUCUGAAUCGACAUCCCGUCUUGUCUUCGCUCUUUGUCUUCUCGAUCCUCUUCCAAUCCCUGUUAUCAGACUCUAUAUCGCUAUACUAGAAGCAAGUCUGGACCGCAAUGAGGACAUAGUCCUUCAACAAGCGGUACCAGCAGCUAGAAAACUUAUAGCUCUAUUAUCACCCCCAAUUAGAGACAACUUGAUCUCAUCCUGGAAUCGUCGGGCAUCUUCUAACCGGAAAAAACGUGGGUACAUUCUUGCCCUAGGUGAAGUCCUUCCAUCCCUUCCAAUGUCCACAGAGCUGCGGAAAGCCACUGUCUCGUCGCUAUUGAAAGCAGCUGCUUCUGAGGAAGUUGAGUGUCGGGUAGCGGGUAUAACCGCUAUUUCCAGAGGAGUUCUAUCAGGAGAAGAUUCUACGGAGGAUGUGAUCCAGGCGAUAGUAAAUUCCCUCGACGAUUACGAGGUUGAUUCACGAGGUGAUGUGGGCAGUUGGGUGCGCUCAGAAGGGGUCAAGGCUGUAUUUGAGCACUGGGAACGCUUAGGAAAUGAAGAUGCCCAGUGGCAGAUUCUAGAAAGAAUAGCUCGUCUCUGUGCGGAAAGACUCGACCGAGUUCGAGUGAGGGCAUGUGAAGCACUUGUGAGAAUAUCCGAGAGUGAGAAGUGGAAGGAUCUAGCUGAGCACAUCAAUAUCGAAGUGCUUAAAUCAGAGAUAUCAGCCACUUCUGUCUCAUCGCCUGAAUACUUCACUUCUCUGAUAUUGCUGUUAACCCACCCGCGCCUCUCAACGCCAUUUCUCAAAGGUCUUGUACUCUCGGCUGGUGCAGGGUCGGACAGCCUAUUAAAGACUUCUCGGGCAGCUCUUCUAUCCUUUCUAUCAAACACUUCUCCAACACCUAUCCUAAGUACCCUAACAUCGCUCCUACCACAUGAAAGGACCACAAUCCCAACACUAGAGGUCAUGUCGGCGAUUCUGGAAUCAAUUCCCUGCGCCCCUCCUGCAAGCCUGUUUCCUUCUGUUCAAAAGUCACACUAUAAAAGCGCCAAUCACGGUAGAUUAUCUACCGCAGUGAGGGUUUAUGGCGGGAUAUACAUGAACGAGGAUAAAUCGGGAAGAAAGGCUGUGGUUGACAAGCUCGUGGCUAUGCUAAAUCACCCAUUCCCAAAGAUCAGAGAGGGGGCUGCAGAGGUUUUAGUCGGUGUUGUCGGGUGUUUGGGAGAUGAGAUUAAUGGAAAGGCCAUUGAAGCCUUGGCUGGAUGGGAUUGGCUUGGUGGAGGAAAGGAAAGAGGGGCUGUGGUUAGGAAGGUGAGGGGGUGUUUCAACGCACAGUAGGUGCGAAAGAGAUAUCGCAAGACGCCUUCAGGGCGGCGAAAGAUCUCCUAACCGGAUAAAAUAACUACAUCUUACUGACCAA